AGAAUAAUGGCCGUUCCGACAAGACCAACGUGGAAAAUUCCUCCUCCAGGCCGCUUCCCGGUCCCCAAGCAGGCCUCGCUUACCACGCAGCCGCCCACCAAUGCCUCCGCCAAGGUCCGCGUCGAGAGGCCCUGGCGCAACAACAACCGCGUCACCGACGUCAUACCUUCAAGGAACACGUCAAAGAAAGCGAGUGCUGACGACGACCAGAAGGGGAGGCGCCUCAAGAACUACCCCCGCCACGGAGGUCGUUUCAAUGACACGACACUCAUCGUCGACCUCAUAAUGGACGUGGAAGGGAGGGCGACGACCUGUUACCAUCGUAAUCUGUUGAGGGCAUCGGAUGUGGUUGUCGUGUUUCAUGUAUUGUUCCUAUUAGUACGAGGCUGGUUUCAGGUAAUGUAAUGACAAUAUGAAUGCUUAAAUGUUGAAUGAAGUUACAGUAUUACUGACAAUCACAAAAAAUCUUAUAAGUGGGUAGAGCUGAUACCACACCUGCAUUAUGGAUUUCUGGGUCUCUGUUUUUAAUGCUGAUCAGGGUUUCCCUGAAAGGGUGAUUUAAAAUAUGGCAUAUGAUGUCACAGUGUAGUUAAUUGUAUGAACUGUCUAGAAAUUGGCUAAAGGAGCAUCUGACCCAGAUAUCCUAAUACUGAUUGAGGCUACAACAUGUAAUGACAAACAGGUCGGUGGAACUAGUUCCCCCUCAAUAAAGAUGGCUGUGUAGUGUUUGUUUGUGUGUUUCAGCGACACUGUCAUUGUUGGUGGAUAAACACCAGACGCUCAGCAUAAGAUGCCGUUUCAGUGUAUAGAUGUAUAUUUGUGAAUAAAAUGUAUAAAAUGACAUACGCGGUUAUCAUAAUUUUAAGGAGAGAUGUUCAUGUUAUUGUAAUUAUUAGUGGUGUAAUGUAUAAUGGUAUAGUCUUUCUAGUUAGUUGAGUAAGAGUGUAUAAUGUCAGCUUGAAUAGUUUACCAUAGUGAUGAAAAGCGUUACGAAAUGUCUUGUACGUGCUGAGAAGUGUUAAUCCGGAAAUGUACACUAGAAACCUGUAUGUUAUCUUGCGCAUUCCACAUUCAUUUUUAAACGGCGGAGCAUGCAAACCACUUAAAACCAUGCAGUAUUAGUCAUGCACAUACUUUUGUUUGCAGUUUUAUGCCGCUUGUAUAUGAUCGGAUUAGCCAUCGCAUCUUAGAACUUAAUGAAGAAUGGAUGUUUUUAAGAAGCAUAAUUUUGUUAAUUUUGUGAAAGUCAACUUCGAAUGUUAAUAACCUAAACAUAUCAUAUGUAAUAUCAACAGUAAAAAUAUUUAGCAUACGUGUACAUUUAAUUUUAGGGGAUGGGAUCCAAUAUACGUAAUGCAUCAUUGUUAGUAUUAGUAAAAUAUCCUAAAGGUAUGUUUAUUCUCAGCCUUACGUACGUCAGUGUUCAUGCUAUAUUCCCACUGUAUCCAUGACCAGAUAUAGUGAAGUAGUCAGUAUUCAUCAUGACAGUGACGUUUGUAUUCGUAUGUAUCCACAAACACUACAUACUGUAUCCGUGUGUCCUUAUAUAAGUGAUUUUUUUAUUGCAAACUCCAUUAGCAACAACCUAUUUUAAGGCUUUUGUAUAGAAGUUUCUGAAGCUUGAUAAUUUUUUUAUUGUUUUUUUUUUGACAAUAAAUGCAAGUUUUUACCUUUGAUAAUUACAAUAACAAGUGACUAUAAUAAUAUUUUAUUUAUAAUUCAUUUAGAUAUGAAGAGAAUGUUUUAACAUAAUUCUUUGAUUUUUUAUCGUCGAUAAAAAAAAAAAACUUUUGAAUCUAGUCAUACUUUUAUUACAAGUGUUAUAAAGGAAAGAUUCUCAAAUGAAAUCUAUAGUAUCGGAAACGUCACAGUGAUUCCGAGAAAUAGACCUGUAGACAUGACAGAUAUCUACAUAAAAGACCGUUUGGUUUGUUCAAAAUCCCUGACAUCACAAAAGGCAAUUUCUUUCAUAAUUAAGACAACAAGAGGAAUAAUAUUUUCACAUUUAUGGUUAACCCAAUUCAGUGCGUUAGGAGAUUCAAAAGCACACACACACACACACACACACACACACACACACACACACACACACACACACACACA